GCCCUGCCUCUGAAUAGGGCCGGGGGGGGGGUAGAGCUCCAGGAUCUGCUCUGCUCCUCUCUGCAAACUGGCAGGUGGUUUAAUGAUACUAAUGAACUGAUCUGCUGUCAGUGCUGGAAACACAUUAACACUGAGCCCUGAGCCUCCCACCCAGCCUCCCACUCAGCCUCUGCUGCCUGCUUCCUCCUGCAGCUCAGCCCCUUCCUCUGACCUCGUCCUCCUGCUUCCUCCCAUUCUUUUACUCUCUUUAUGGAAAAGGAAAGUAGUUGUUGAAUAAAUCACAGUAAGAAUGGAAAAGGAGCAGCAGCAGCAGAGCAGUUCCAGGUGAAGCGCUGUUCUUCAGCAGCGGACUCUAUCAACAUGGCUGAAACAGAGACCGUGGCAGCUCAGAGCAGGAAGAAAUGGUGCGUCCCACAGAGAAGCAGGACGGACGAACGGAAACCGAGCGCCGGCUCCUCGGAGCGAGACCCUCAGAGAAACCUGGUGGUUCCUUUCAGGGGUCACAUCUCAGGUGGGAUGCGUCCGGGGAAGAAGGUGGUUGUGAUGGGUGUGGUGGACUCUCGUCCUGACAGGUUCUACAUCGCCCUGACAUGUGGUUGUGGGACGUCCAGGGAGCCUCCACCUGAUGUGGCCGUGGAGAUCUGUGUUCGAUUCAGGGACCGACAAGUCCUGCGAAGGGCCUGUGUGUCUGGAUCCUGGGGAGACGCUGACCGAGCUGUCCCCUUCUUCCCCUUCAUCAGGGGCCAACCAUUCAAGAUCGAGAUUCACUGUGAACAAAGCCGGUUCCGUGUGUUUGUGGACGGACAGCGGCUGUUUGACUUCGACCACAGGCUGACGUCUCUCAGCCACGUGGACACGCUGUGGAUCAAAGGAACCAUCGCCAUCACCAAACUGGCCUGAAGGACAGGACGUCCCGUCGCCUGGGACACUGACCUGCACACAAGACCCAUCAGAGACACAGGUUCAGCCUGUUGGGACACAAACCAGCAGGACUGAGCUCAUCGGAUCAGGGUCUGUGUUCACUCUGGACCUCAGGUCUGAUACGUGGGAUCCUCAGUAUUAGUGAAAGUAACUAAGUGCAUUUACUCCAGUACAAUACAAAUCUGAGGUGCUUGUACUUUACUGCCCCACAUUCCUGACAGGUUAUUUUUUGAUUUCUUACAGAUUAAUGAUUUAGUUACUGGAAUUUAUUUGGAUCAGUUUUGAGGUUUGGACUUUGGCUGAACAAAACAAACAGUGAAGGUGUCAAACAAUCAAUUAAUUAAUCGAGAAAAUAAAUGUGAGAUUAAGCCAAAGUGGAAAUAAUCAUUAGCUGCAGUUUCCUAUAAAAUAAUUAAACAUUAGCUUCAGCUCAGCCGACAGAGACUCCUGAUUAUUUUCAUGUUCUUUAACCUAAGGAAUAUUUUCAGUGCAGGAGUAUUUUUACAGUGUGGUGUUUUACUAAAGGAUUUAAUUUAUCUGAGCUCGGAUGAAUUUGUACAUUUCUUUUAAAUCAUGUUAAGAUAAGAACAGUCCCCGAGGGCACACUGAUGGUCUCAUGUCCCGCUGCCGUCCACGAGGACGUGGACAUCUGUAUUUUAGAUGAUUUCUUUUCACCUUCAUUCCCUGCCCGUGAACAUAUUCAUCAUCUUUAACAACGUUUUUUCCUUCUCACAUCUGAUCUGGGACCAGUCUGUCUAAAAUUUGAAUAUUUUUUUAGCAUAUUUCAAUAGUUUUUGAAUAAUCUAUUAAUAUUUUUAUAACAGUACAUUUGUAUAUAUUUGUUUGGAUAUUUCUUUGACAUUUUACUUUAGUAUGUUUUCAAUAUUUAAUAUUUUUUGACGUUUUCCUGCUGAUUUGAGUUUGAAGAAGAGACUGGAAACGAUCCUGUAGCUCAGCAGUUUGACCCCCAGAUGUCAGCAGAGGGUGGUGGUGGUGGUGAUGGUGGGGAACCCUGAAAAACCCAGAAUACACAGAUGAAUAUUUAUUAAAAGAUUUAGAUGACCAUAUAAUCUGGUUGCAGAGAGAAAUCUAACACACUCAAACAGACAAACAUCCAACAAAGGACGACUGGACGGCAGCUGUCAAUGAAGUGAACUGCAGGCUACAGGAAAACUGGCCUUUGUCUUCUGACUAUGAUGUGAACAAUAUUUCAAAUACUGUAAGAAAUAGAUUCGUUGUAUGUGCUGUGUUGCCCAUGUUAACCUGCUGUUUUGCCUAAAAACGUGAAUAUAAAUAAAGUUGCAAAGAAAAAACAGGAACGGGCCAAACAAACUGACACGAGGCUGGAGGAUCACUCCUGCUGCCUCACAAAGCUUCCACCUUCUUCAGUUUCAUGGAGAUGCUCUGCUAUUAUCACCCGCUGCCUUCCCUCAUCCAUUAUGCAUCACAGCCACAGUUCACUGACCUGCCACACUGCCCCAUCGGCCUGACACUCAGCCUGCCCUGUAUUUACUCCCUGCCAUACUCCAUUAAACCUGGUUUCAUGUUGUUGAUCUGAGAUGGAGAUGGAGGACAUCAGGAGGACAGCGAGCAGGCAGGAC